AUGCAUCUGAUGAAGGGACUUUUAAUGGUUGUGUGCCUGGCGGCCUUUGCCAGCGCCAAGCCCCAGCAGAACUUCCAGGUCUUCGGUCGCCAGCGGGAUGAGCCUGCCGCCCAGGGACGCCUCAGCGCCACCCAGCUGACCGACCUGCUGAGCAGCCUGAAGGGCACCAGCAGCUCCACCACGUUGGCUCCCACCACCACCACGGUGCCCACCACCACCACGGUAACCACCUCGCCCACUGGACCCACCACCUCGACGGGAACCUCGACCAGCACCACCACCCCAACCACCACCCCCACCACAACCGGCCGCCAGUUCCAGCCGAUCGAGGAGCAGGAGGACGACGAUGAGGAGCAGGAGCAGCAGGUGGACCAGCACCGCUUCCAGCUGGAGGAUCAGUACGACGACGAGGAGGAGGAGCAGCACCAUCAGGCGGCCCGCUCGCAGGCCAGCCGCCGCCGCCAGGUGAACGCCCGCCGUCAGCGCCAGCGGCUGCAGCAGAAGAACCGCCGCCGCCAGCAGCAGCAGCGCCGCCGUCGCCAGCAGCAGCAGCAGAAGCGCCGCCAGCAGCAGAAGCGUCGCCAGCAGCAGCGCCGCCGCAAGCAGCAGCAGCAGAAGCGUCUCCAGCGCCGCCAGCGCCGCACCAACAUGCGCCUGGUCAGCCGCUUCCGCCAGAGCACCCCCAACCGGAACCGCGUCGUCCGCAUCGCCGCCUAA